UCGAGACACCGGCGCGAGCGCACGUCUGUCGCGCAUUUACAAUGUAACAACAAAUUGACGAUACCCAUCGACUUAUUGUAAUUUUGUGAAGUGAACUGUGAUACUUGAAACGUUACAUUCCAAAAGUGAUAAUGCGUCGUGUGAAAAUGAACAUUGACCCUGAUCUAGGGGAUUUAGAGGAAAUGCUAGCUCAUGUGCAGACGCAGUUGGAAAACGAGAUAGAUUUGGAAAUGGAAAGCAAGAUGACCUCUCUAAUAAACGUCCAAGAAUCCCCGAAGAUGGUUAAAAGAACUAGCUCCUUCAGUAGAGGCGAAAGUUUCGAAUAUAGACGACCAGCUCCUAGACCGCCUUUAGCACGAGUUAAUAGCGAAAUCAACUCAGGCAGUCAAUCUUUAAACGGAGAAUACGGAGCUUUAGAAAAAUACCAUAAUCAAAACGGUCGAGGAUCGCAAACCAGCCUGAAAUCCGAUGAGAUGGGUUCACAGAUCUCGUUUCAGUCGUUCCGUUCGGAGCCUGUUCGGCAUUCUGUGCUAAGUCUGCCGGAUAAGCGAGGGUCGUCUGCGUCGCUUAACGGGAGAGGGAAGACGGCUACCUUACCGAGAGGAUAUGGUUCCAGUAAGGAGAAGAAUUGGGAGGAGUAUUGGGCGCACGAACAGUCGAUAAGCAGUGCGCGCGCCUCCGUCAUGGUGUACGACGAUGGCCUGAAGCGCUGGGUGCCAUCCGGCAGCAGCUCUGGGCUGUCCAAGGUCCACAUCUACCAUCACACCCAGCAGAACACCUUAAGGGUUGUUGGGAGAAAGUUGAACGACCAUGAGGUGGUAAUAAACUGCGGCAUCGUCCGCGGGCUCAAGUACAACCAGGCGACAGCGACGUUCCACCAAUGGCGGGACGCGAGACACGUCUACGGUCUCAACUUUUCGUGUCGCGAGGACGCGGACAGUUUCGCGAGAGCCAUGAUGCAUACACUUGAGAUCCUGGCAAACAAACCGACCGGCAACUCAGCGCCGCCACCGCCACAACCGCCUAAUCCCCCCGUACCUUUUAAUGGACACAACAACACACAACACUACGACGAAGAUAUGGGCUACAGAACAAUGACGCGAGAGGAUGCCGCCAUAUUACAACAGCCAGCGUACCACGCCCCACAACACCAGCAUCCUCAAUACCACCCGCCAGCCAGUACCACGCGCCUCACCACGCGCACCAGCAACCGAUCCCCGGCGCCGGCCCCCGCGCCGCCCCCGCACGCCGCGCCGGCGCACGCCACGCCGGCGCACGCGCACGCGCACACGCACACGCUGCCGCACCAGCCCUCGCAGCCUGCGCACACACACCAUCGCACCUCCAGCGCACCGAUGCCGCCUAACAUGAGCCUAACGGCAGCCAACAACGGGCCGCCCGCGCCACCGCCCGUACCGCCCCAUCAAAAUCUACCCGCGCCUAAUGGCCCUGUAGCACCGCCAACGCCACCGGCUGCGCCUCAACCUCCUCCAGCGCCCGCAGCCCCGCCGGCGCCUCCUGCCCCCGGCGGGGGCCCGCCCCCUCCCCCGCCGCCGCCGGGGGGGUCGACGGCGUCCUCCUCGGUGGCGUCCCCGCCGCCGCCGCCGCCGCCGCCGCAGCCCGCGCAGCCCGACCUGUCCGGCCUGGCCGCGCAGCUGCAGCAGGCGCGCCUCAAGCGCCAGGCCAAGCAAGCGGGCACUCUAGCGGCGAACGCGGACGCGUCACCUCCCGGCGGCGCCGAGCACUCCGGCUCCUCCUCGAGCUCCGGCGGCAGCGCGCGCGGCAACAACAACAUGCACUGCAUGAUGCACGAGAUGCAACGCACACUAGCACGCCGCCGGGCGCACCUUGACCGCGCAGAGGUAACACACAUAUACUUGUAUACAAUAACUACAGCAAGCGGGCCCACUCACGAGCACUCCCCCUCCUCCUCGAGCUCCGGCGGCAGCGCGCGCGGCAACAACAACAUGCACUGCAUGAUGCACGAGAUGCAACGCACACUAGCACGCCGCCGGGCGCACCUUGACCGCGCAGAGGUAACACACAUAUACUUGUAUACAAUAACUACAGCAAGCGGGCCCACUCACGAGCACUCCCCCUCCUCCUCGAGCUCCGGCGGCAGCGCGCGCGGCAACAACAACAUGCACUGCAUGAUGCACGAGAUGCAACGCACACUAGCACGCCGCCGGGCGCACCUUGACCGCGCAGAGGUAACACACAUAUACUUGUAUACAAUAACUACAGCAAGCGGGCCCACUCACGAGCACUCCCCUCCUCCUCGAGCUCCGGCGGCAGCGCGCGCGGCAACAACAACAUCAAGCGGGCCCACUCACGAGCACUCCCCCUCCUCCUCGAGCUCCGGCGGCAGCGCGCGCGGCAACAACAACAUGCACUGCAUGAUGCACGAGAUGCAACGCACACUAGCACGCCGCCGGGCGCACCUUGACCGCGCAGAGAACGUACGGGGUCUUCGCACGAAAACACACGACUUCUACUCAAAUGUGGCUAUAUCCGAUUACGAUUUUAUUUGUAUCACCGAGAGCUGGUUAAAUGCUAACUUUUACGACAGGGAAAUAUUUGACAAUAGAUAUGUUGUAUACCGCUGCGACCGAUCAGCUGACUCGAGCGGCGCGGAGCGGGGCGGGGGAGUUGCAGUCGCCGUGCGCCGCGAGUACCUGCCGGCGCAGCGGAGUUGGCCGUGCCCCUCUCCCGCGUCCUCCGAGUGCAUAUGGUCUCUCAAGGAGGGUUCCGUACCAAUGAUGUGGAAACGGGCGUUGGUGACACCCAUACCAAAAGGAGACGUAAGCGCAGAAAUAGAAAAAUACCGGCCGAUAUCGAAGCUGUCAAGCGGGCCCACUCACGAGCACUCCCCCUCCUCCUCGAGCUCCGGCGGCAGCGCGCGCGGCAACAACAACAUGCACUGCAUGAUGCACGAGAUGCAACGCACACUAGCACGCCGCCGGGCGCACCUUGACCGCGCAGAGGUAACACACAUAUACUUGUAUACAAUAACUACAGCAAGCGGGCCCACUCACGAGCACUCCCCCUCCUCCUCGAGCUCCGGCGGCAGCGCGCGCGGCAACAACAACAUGCACUGCAUGAUGCACGAGAUGCAACGCACACUAGCACGCCGCCGGGCGCACCUUGACCGCGCAGAGGUAACACACAUAUACUUGUAUACAAUAACUACAGCAAGCGGGCCCACUCACGAGCACUCCCCCUCCUCCUCGAGCUCCGGCGGCAGCGCGCGCGGCAACAACAACAUGCACUGCAUGAUGCACGAGAUGCAACCAAGCGGGCCCACUCACGAGCACUCCCCCUCCUCCUCGAGCUCCGGCGGCAGCGCGCGCGGCAACAACAACAUGCACUGCAUGAUGCACGAGAUGCAACGCACACUAGCACGCCGCCGGGCGCACCUUGACCGCGCAGAGGUAACACACAUAUACUUGUAUACAAUAACUACAGCAAGCGGGCCCACUCACGAGCACUCCCCCUCCUCCUCGAGCUCCGGCGGCAGCGCGCGCGGCAACAACAACAUGCACUGCAUGAUGCACGAGAUGCAACCAAGCGGGCCCACUCACGAGCACUCCCCCUCCUCCUCGAGCUCCGGCGGCAGCGCGCGCGGCAACAACAACAUGCACUGCAUGAUGCACGAGAUGCAACGCACACUAGCACGCCGCCGGGCGCACCUUGACCGCGCAGAGGUAACACACAUAUACUUGUAUACAAUAACUACAGCAAGCGGGCCCACUCACGAGCACUCCCCCUCCUCCUCGAGCUCCGGCGGCAGCGCGCGCGGCAACAACAACAUGCACUGCAUGAUGCACGAGAUGCAACCAAGCGGGCCCACUCACGAGCACUCCCCCUCCUCGAGCUCCGGCGGCAGCGCGCGCGGCAACAACAACAUGCACUGCAUGAUGCACGAGAUGCAACGCACACUAGCACGCCGCCGGGCGCACCUUGACCGCGCAGAGGUAACACACAUAUACUUGUAUACAAUAACUACAGCAAGCGGGCCCACUCACGAGCACUCCCCCUCCUCGAGCUCCGGCGGCAGCGCGCGCGGCAACAACAACAUGCACUGCAUGAUGCACGAGAUGCAACGCACACUAGCACGCCGCCGGGCGCACCUUGACCGCGCAGAGGUAACACACAUAUACUUGUAUACAAUAACUACAGCAAGCGGGCCCACUCACGAGCACUCCCCCUCCUCCUCGAGCUCCGGCGGCAGCGCGCGCGGCAACAACAACAUGCACUGCAUGAUGCACGAGAUGCAACGCACACUAGCACGCCGCCGGGCGCACCUUGACCGCGCAGAGGUAACACACAUAUACUUGUAUACAAUAACUACAGCAAGCGGGCCCACUCACGAGCACUCCCCUCCUCCUCGAGCUCCGGCGGCCGCGCGCGGCAACAACAACAUGCACUGCAUGAUGCACGAGAUGCAACGCACACUAGCACGCCGCCGGGCGCACCUUGACCGCGCAGAGGUAACACACAUAUACUUGUAUACAAUAACUACAGCAAGCGGGCCCACUCACGAGCACUCCCCCUCCUCCUCGAGCUCCGGCGGCAGCGCGCGCGGCAACAACAACAUGCACUGCAUGAUGCACGAGAUGCAACGCACACUAGCACGCCGCCGGGCGCACCUUGACCGCGCAGAGGUAACACACAUAUACUUGUAUACAAUAACUACAGCAAGCGGGCCCACUCACGAGCACUCCCCCUCCUCCUCGAGCUCCGGCGGCAGCGCGCGCGGCAACAACAACAUGCACUGCAUGAUGCACGAGAUGCAACCAAGCGGGCCCACUCACGAGCACUCCCCCUCCUCCUCGAGCUCCGGCGGCAGCGCGCGCGGCAACAACAACAUGCACUGCAUGAUCAAGCGGGCCCACUCACGAGCACUCCCCUCCUCCUCGAGCUCCGGCGGCAGCGCGCGCGGCAACAACAACAUGCACUGCAUGAUGCACGAGAUGCAACGCACACUAGCACGCCGCCGGGCGCACCUUGACCGCGCAGAGGUAACACACAUAUACUUGUAUACAAUAACUACAGCAAGCGGGCCCACUCACGAGCACUCCCCCUCCUCCUCGAGCUCCGGCGGCAGCGCGCGCGGCAACAACAACAUGCACUGCAUGAUGCACGAGAUGCAACGCACACUAGCACGCCGCCGGGCGCACCUUGACCGCGCAGAGGUAACACACAUAUACUUGUAUACAAUAACUACAGCAAGCGGGCCCACUCACGAGCACUCCCCCUCCUCCUCGAGCUCCGGCGGCAGCGCGCGCGGCAACAACAACAUGCACUGCAUGAUGCACGAGAUGCAACGCACACUAGCACGCCGCCGGGCGCACCUUGACCGCGCAGAGGUAACACACAUAUACUUGUAUACAAUAACUACAGCAAGCGGGCCCACUCACGAGCACUCCCCCUCCUCCUCGAGCUCCGGCGGCAGCGCGCGCGGCAACAACAACAUGCACUGCAUGAUGCACGAGAUGCAACGCACACUAGCACGCCGCCGGGCGCACCUUGACCGCGCAGAGGUAACACACAUAUACUUGUAUACAAUAACUACAGCAAGCGGGCCCACUCACGAGCACUCCCCCUCCUCCUCGAGCUCCGGCGGCAGCGCGCGCGGCAACAACAACAUGCACUGCAUGAUGCACGAGAUGCAACGCACACUAGCACGCCGCCGGGCGCACCUUGACCGCGCAGAGGAAUCGUCAGGGGACAACAGCGGCAACUCAACGCCCCUGAAAACGUGGGAGCGCGCCGCCACGCUACCGCACCGCCUUCCCAACACAUGCAAUGGCACUACGCCCAACUCCGAGUCGCCAGCGACGCAAGCGCCUCAGUCCCCACGCUCGGUUCGCAAGCGCUUCGGAUCCGCUAGCGAGGAGACUAUACUUAAGCAAGUAAACGGCGGCGGUGAAGCCGGAGGCUACGUGUCGGCGGGCGAGUGGGAAGCCUUCAAGCAGGACAUGCUGCGCGAGAUGCGAGCGCAGCUCACGCAGAUCAAGCGAGAGAUACUUGACGAUGGCAGCCCUAAGUGGGAAGCCUUCAAGCAGGACAUGCUGCGCGAGAUGCGAGCGCAGCUCACGCAGAUCAAGCGAGAGAUACUCGACGCGACACGGCGGUGUAGCCGGAGCUACGUGUCGGCGGGCGAGUGGGAAGCCUUCAAGCAGGACAUGCUGCGCGAGAUGCGAGCGCAGCUCACGCAGAUCAAGCGAGAGAUACUCGACGCGACACGGCGGUGUAGCCGGAGCUACGUGUUGGCGGGCGAGUGGGAAGCCUUCAAGCAGGACAUGCUGCGCGAGAUGCGAGCGCAGCUCACGCAGAUCAAGCGAGAGAUACUCGACGGUGAGUACUGUCCUCUGUGA